AUGAAGAUCUCCCAGGCAAAGUUGCCUUUAGAGGUGAUUGUCGUUGGUGCUGGCAUUGGAGGCAUGGCAGCAGCUCUCACAUUAGGUCUUCGGGGGCACCAUGUCGUUGUUCUUGAAGCUGCCCAGAAGCUCAUGGAAGUAGGCGCUGGGAUCCAAGUGUCCCCGAACAUGUUGCGUCUAUUCGAUCGAUGGGGCGUCUCGGAUUUGAUUCACGCCCACGAUGUAGCUCUCGAGCACAUCCAUGUCCGAAGAUGGGAUGAUGGCAGACUACUCGGCACAAUGCCAGUGAACAAGACCUUCGGUCAGCAAGUAGUCAUCCACCGCGCGGAUCUGCACAACGCCAUAGUCGACAGGGCUCUGGCUCUACCAAAUGUUGAGCUACGAGAGAACUCACGCGUCACUGACGUGCAAUUCAAUACAGCAAGUGUGACGUUAGCCAACGGCGAGAUUGUCCGCGGCGACGUAGUGAUCGGUGCAGACGGCAUCAAGUCUAGUAUCCGCGGCCGCCUGCUCGAGGACCCGACCAUCAAAGCGGUUGCCACCGGUGAUGCCGCAUACCGUAUCAUGUUACCCCGUGAUAUCAUGGAACAAGACCCCGAAUUGAAGGCACUCAUUGAUGAGCCGCAGGCGACACGUUGGCUCGGUCCUGCGCGCCACAUUGUUGCAUACCCUGUGCGCAAGCACGAGUUGUAUAACGUCGUCUUGCUCCAUCCUGACAGCCACGCUGUGAGUGAGUCCUGGACUACGAAGGGCUCGAAGCAGGCCAUGCUGGAUAACUAUGACGGGUGGGAUAGCAAGGUACGCAAGCUAGUUGAUCUGGUCGAGGAUAACGAGGUUUUGGAGUGGAAGCUGUGUUUGCAUCAUCCGCUUCAGACUUGGAUCAGGGGCUCUGUUGCUCUGCUCGGGGAUGCAUGUCACCCAAUGCUACCAUAUAUUGCUCAGGGUGCUGCACAGGCUGUCGAAGAUGCAGCCGCGCUUGGGAUCGUGCUGUCAGCUAUCUCAUCGCGUGAGGAGAUACCGCGUGCCCUGAGAGCCUACGAAAGGUCCCGGAAGAAACGUGCUGAGGCGGUGCAGCUGUCCGGAUCGGAGAAUCGUAUCACGUUGCACUUGCCAGAUGGGCCUGAGCAAAUUGCCCGCGAUGCCCAGUUUGAGGCAUCGGCCAGUGGGAAUAACCCAGAUAAGUGGUCGGAUCGUAGAACCCAAGAGUUUCUGUGGGGUUGGGAUGCAGAGAAAGCAGCGUUGGAUACUUGGAAUGAAGAACAAGAUACCAUCAAGGUCAAUGCGAACCUUUAG